AUGAUGCCCUCGAAGCAGCAGUUUCAGUGCCAUGGCCUGGGCAGAAACCUGAUUGAAGCUCUGGAGGGUCAUAAAGGAAAGAGAAAGGCACCUCUAAAUGCGGUAGUUAAAAGAUUUAUUACAGAGCUCUUCUCUCCUCCAGAAAUAAAAGUGAACCCCUCCAGGGUAAAAGAAGGAGAUGAGAUGACUGUGAUAUGUGACACCAGACUGGAUCCUCUCAGAGGCGGCACAGAGCUGCACUCUGCCUUCUACAGAGAUGGACGGACUGUGCGGGGAUACAAUGUAUCUGAUACAUACAGAGUGCGAUCAUCUCAGCUGGAGGAUUCUGGGAAAUAUACCUGUGAAGUGAGGACGGUGUCUGACACUGUGAGGAAGAUGAGUGAUGGGUUCUAUAUCCCGAAAUAUGGGCUCUUCGCUCCUCCAGAAAUAAAAGUGGCCCCGUCCAGGGUAAUAGAAGGAGAUGAGAUGACGGUGAGAUGUGACACCAGACUGGAUCCGCUCAGAGGCGGCACAGAGCUACACUUUGCCUUCUACAGAGAUGGACGGACUGUGCGGGGAUACAAUGUAUCUGAUACAUACAGAGUGCGGUCAUCUCAGCUGGAGGAUUCUGGGAAUUAUACCUGUGAAGUGAGGACGAGAUCUGACUCCGAGAGGAAGAUGAGUGAUGGGAUCUAUAUACAGAUACAUGAGAUCUUCUCUCCUCCAGAAAUAAAAGUGGCCCCGUCCAGGGUAAAAGGAGGAGAUAACAUGACGGUGAUAUGUGACACCAGACUGGAUCCGCUCAGAGGCGGCACAGAGCUGCACUUUGCCUUCUACAGAGAUGGACGGACUGUACAGGGAUACAAUGUAUCUGAUACAUACAGAGUGCGGUCAUCUCAGCUGGAGGAUUCUGGGAAAUAUACCUGUGAAGUGAGGACGGCGUCUCAGACUGUGAAGAAGAUGAGUGAUGGACUCUAUAUCCAGAUAAUACAGAUACAUGUGGUAGAGAAGAACUGGAAUCUGAGGACCUCAAUGAAACAUCUCAGUGAACAUGGAAACAUGGAAAAGGUCUUGGCUGAAUUCCAAGGAACUUCAUCUUUUUAA